CCCGGAGCUGUGCGGAGCCGCCCCCGUCGCGCGCCCGGACCCCGAGGGAGGCGGGCCAGGUCUGCGUACACCGCGGCUGAACCCAAAAGGGUCUCUGGGGUCCAGUGCUCUUGGACUGCGGCUCCCGCCAGCUGUGGCGGUGCCUACCGGCCCCGAGGGAACUGAGGACUAGGCCGUGAGGCCGCGCCCUAAGUAGCACAAAGAAUGAAAGAAGUAGAUAAUCUUGAAAGUAUAAAAGAAGAAUGGGUUUGUGAAACAGGAUCUGACAACCAACCCCUCAAUGAUAAUCAACAAAGGAAUUGUGAAUAUUUUGUUGACAGCCUUUUUGAGGAAGCUGAGAAGGUUGGUGCCAAAUGCUUGUCCCCCACUGAACAGAGGAAGCAGGUAGAUGUAAAUAUAAAGUUGUGGAAAAAUGGAUUCACUGUCAAUGAUGAUUUUAGAAGUUACUCUGAUAGUGCAAGUCAGCAGUUUCUGAACUCCAUCAAAAAUGGGGAAUUACCUACAGAAUUGCAGGGAGUUUUUGAUAAAGAGGAGGUGGAUGUUAAAGUUGAAGAUAAAAAAAAUGAAAUAUGUAUAUCUACAAAGCCUGUGUUCCAGCCCUUCUCAGGACAGGGUCACAGACUAGGAAGUGCUACACCAAAAAUUGUUUCUAAAGCAAAGAAUAUUGAAGUUGAAAAUAAAAAUGCUAUGUCUACUGUUUCACUGAACAACUUGGAACCCAUCACCAGUGUACAGAUCUGGCUAGCCAAUGGGAAAAGAAUCAUCCAGAAAUUUAACAUUUCUCAUAGAGUGAGCCACAUCAAGGACUUCAUUGAGAAAUACCAGGGAUCUCAGAGAAGCCCUCCUUUUUGCCUGGCAACAGCUCUUCCUUUCCUCAGAUUGCUGGAUGAGACACUCACAUUGGAAGAAGCAGAUUUGCAGAAUGCUGUGAUCAUUCAGAGACUCAAGAAAACUGCCGAACCUUUUAGAAGACUUUGAUGGUGUUGAUUUUUUGAGAACUUAAGGAAUUUUGCAGAGAAAUGGUUGGAAGUGGAUGUGCUAAAGUGGGAGACAGAAGUCAGUUUCACUGAACCUGUGGUUUGAGUGCUGUUUAACUCCUGAUCAGAAGAUUUUUAAUAACCACAAGAUAGUGUAACAUAUGACUGUAUUCAGUGCACUUUUUUCAAAAAGCUACUCGGAAAAACGCGUAUUUGAAAAUACUGGUUAAUAUGAUAUAUUAAACAGCUGUUAUUAGCAUUUAGAAUCUUAAUGUGGUCUUAAUUAGCAAAAGUGUUUGCAACAUUAGCAUUCAAAGUUUACUUCCAAACAGCAGGUAUAUAUAUAAAUCUUAGCUAUCUUGGUUUUUAAAUAGCAAUACAUUAAAAUACAUGGCAAGUUAGAAGCAUCAAUGAAAUUAUUUUAAAACUCAGAUAUAAUAAAGGCUAGGAAGACUUAUUUUCACUCCGGCUGUGCCUAAACUCCAAAGCAUUCUCAGUAUUCACUCUGUUGGCAAGAUAGAUUCAAGUAUUCAUUUGGCAACAAUAUCUAAGAUAUAUUAUCAUUUAAGGGUAAAUUUGUGUAGCUUAGUAUGACGUUGGUAUUCAUCUGCCUACACACAUUUUUGUACCUUCUAAAUAUGUAAUUUUAUAGAAUGAGGAUGUGUCUUCAGUGGUAAAGUGCUUGCCUAGCAUGUAUGAGGCUAGAUUCAAUCUCCAGCACAACCUCCAAAAAGAAAUCCUUUAAUUA